GAGUGGCGUCGAGUGUUUGCAUCUGAAAUCAAGAAAUGUGGAGAAGUCCUUCAAUGCCAUCAAUGUCGCUCGGUGUGCCAUAAGUAUGGCAAUGAAACUCGUUGUCGAUUUUUGUUUCCGCACAAAAUAGUGGACAGUUCCUAUUUUGAUCCUGAUACAAACUCUGUGGUACUCAUGUGCCAAGAUGGCAAUGUGAACUAUUUUAAUCCAUACAUCCUCGUCUAUUGUCGGCACAACCACAAUAUCAAAUGUAUUUUGUCUGGCAAGGGUGCCAAAGCCGCUAUGUUCUACAUUUCUGACUAUAUUACCAAGAUGGACAUCAAGACUUACGAGGUGUUGUCAUUGUUG